CAAUGAUAUCAACGGGGGCGGAAUUUCCGGUUACCCGUAUAAACCAAGGGAGGCCUGCCCAUGCGGUUUUGAUUGAACGCGGAGCUAACACCGAAAAGUUUAAACAGACACAAUGGCCGAGAAUGACGUUGAAAACGAGCUGCUCGAUUAUGAAGAAGAUGAGGAGCCUCAAGGAGCCCCUGAGAGCGCAGCCCCUGCAGGCAAGAAGGAGGUGAAGGGAUCCUACGUUUCAAUCCACAGUUCUGGCUUCAGAGAUUUUCUGCUCAAACCAGAGCUGCUCCGUGCCAUCAUCGACUGUGGUUUUGAGCAUCCAUCUGAAGUCCAGCAUGAAUGCAUCCCACAGGCUAUCCUGGGCAUGGACAUCCUGUGCCAGGCCAAAUCUGGUAUGGGCAAGACUGCCGUGUUUGUGCUGGCCACGCUGCAGCAGAUUGAACCAGUUGAUGGACAGGUGUCUGUAUUAGUCAUGUGUCACACGCGAGAGCUGGCCUUCCAGAUCAGCAAGGAGUAUGAGCGUUUCUCCAAGUACAUGCCCACUGUAAAGGCAGCAGUAUUCUUUGGUGGCCUUGCCAUCAAGAAGGACGAGGAGGUCUUGAAGAAGAACUGCCCUCAUAUUGUUGUUGGAACACCAGGCCGUAUCCUCGCUCUCACCCGGAACAAGACCCUCAGUCUGAAGAACGUCAAGCAUUUUGUCCUGGAUGAGUGUGACAAAAUGUUGGAGCAACUAGACAUGAGGAGUGAUGUACAGGAAAUCUUCAGGAUCACACCCCAUGAGAAGCAGGUCAUGAUGUUCAGCGCAACACUGAGCAAGGAAGUCCGACCAGUCUGCCGCAAAUUCAUGCAGGACCCCAUGGAAGUCUUUGUGGAUGAUGAGACCAAACUUACACUCCAUGGCCUGCAGCAGUACUACUCCAAGCUGAAGGACAGUGAGAAGAACCGCAAGCUCUUUGACCUGCUCGAUGUAUUGGAGUUCAACCAGGUGGUGAUCUUUGUCAAGUCAAUCCAGCGCUGUAUGGCCCUCUCCCAGCUUCUGGUGGAACAAAAUUUCCCUGCCAUUUCCAUUCACAGGGGAAUGGCUCAGGAGGAGAGGCUGUCGCGCUAUCAGCAAUUCAAGGACUUCCAAAGGCGGAUCCUGGUGGCGACUAAUCUGUUUGGCCGAGGGAUGGACAUCGAGCGGGUCAACAUUGUCUUCAACUACGACAUGCCUGAAGAUUCUGACACCUAUUUACACAGGGUUGCCCGUGCUGGUAGGUUUGGAACCAAAGGCCUGGCUAUAACCUUUGUGUCUGACGAGACUGAUGCUAAGACCCUGAACGAUGUGCAGGACCGCUUUGAAGUCAAUGUGGCUGAGCUGCCAGAUGAGAUUGACAUCUCAUCUUACAUCGAGCAGUCCAGAUGAGUCCUCCAGCCAAGCAGAAGUCCCCUCUCCGUGGAUCUUGUGUCUUGUAUUUGGAAGUAGACGUACUUCACUGUUGAUUUGAAAGCUCUGCUCUGUUCCGAUGUUCACCAAACAUUUAUUUUUAUUGUCAGUCCUUGGGGACAAAGGGGUAUGGUUGAUUUUAAUUUGUCUUUUACUGUUUUUUUUUUUCCUUGCUUAAUGACAUUAAAACUUUUUAUAAAAUGCCAUUUUUACUAUUGUGGUCUCUUGUGAGGCUUUUCUUGUCUGUACCCCAUUUCCAUUGAUUUCGAUGUCAAUUAGAGCUUCAGGGAAAAUUAUAGAAAAGUAGUUCUGAGGAACAUGUUAAAGUGAUUCUUCGCCCCUUUUUAAAUGUUAAAACUAGUUUGUAUAGGAAGUUGUGUUUUUUGUCCCCCCCCCACCCCCACUGCAAGAGUUAAUUAUUA